AUUCUUUCAGUUUACAGUGCUGUAAACAUGCAACAGUUCCACGUCGGCGUGUGCUUUGGGGUGUUCGCGUACGUGAUAUGGGGCUGCAGCGCCAUCUACUGGAAGCAGCUCACGACCAUCCCCGCCAUGCAGCUGCUAUGCCAUCGGAUCGUGUGGGCGUUUCCCAUCGCUUUCGCUGUGCUCUACUUCCAUGGCCUGGCUUCGGCGACCACGUCGGCUGCCUGCAAGUGGUCUGUCCUUCGAUUUUACGCUCUUUCAGGAACGCUCCUGGGAAUAAACCUUUUUGUGAGCAUCUGGGCGACGAACGCAGGCUACAUCGUCGAAAUGAGCCUUGGGUACUUCAUGAGUCCCCUCGUGAGUGUGUUCCUCGGGGUCGUGGUGCUCCGCGAGAAGCUUCGGUUGUGGCAAUGGAUCGCUGUGACCCUGGCUGUGUGUGGUGUCGCCACCGUGACGUUCUUGUACGGCAAGUUCCCAUGGAUUGCGCUCGUGUUGGCGUUUGAUUUUGGUUUCUACGCGCUCAUGGCGAAGAAGGCGCCGCUCAAGUCGGUCCAGGGCAUCGCCCUCGAAUUUGCGUACUUGUCCGUGCCAUGCUGGAUCUACUUGAUUGUGCAGGAAGGACAAGGCCAGGGGGCGUUUGGCCACUCCGCCGUCGCCAACGACGUGCUCAUGGUCGGCCUGGGCGUGCUCACCGUCACGCCGCAGUUGCUCUUCUCCACCGCCAUCAAGUAUAUCCCCAUGACCAUCAUGGGGCUGCUGCAGUUCAUCGGGCCGACUUUGAAUGUCCUCAUUGGCAUCUUUCUCUACCAUGAGCCGUUCGAAACCACCAAGGCCAUUGGAUUCGCCCAGGUCUGGGUCGCGCUCGUCAUCUAUACGCUGGAUACGUUCCGGUCGCAGCGCAAAGCAGCCGCUGACGAGCUUCUAGUUCCAGACAGCGACCCAGACGAUGCAGUCGGCGACGUGGUCACUGAAGCCUGCUCCGACAGCGACGUGCCUCCGAUACCGCUCCCCGGGCACGAGCUUGACAUGUCGGUCGAAGUGUACCGACCGCUCGGCGACAAAGCCAACGUAUAACGCGAACAAGCGAUCGAUCGAUCGAACGAACGAUCGAGACCAAAAUGGAUGGCAGAGAGAAUCCUCAUCUACCGGUAGUAUUGCAGAUACCAUCCCCACUGCAUUCCUAGCCCCACAGACGACCACUAUAUUUAUUAUACAUGCCUCCUCGACUAUCGUCUGCAAACACCAGGUGAAAAUAGAAACAAACUUGCAGAAACUUGCCACGUCAUUGCAUGUUUCAGACCAUGCCAUUAAGCGGUUCAUUGUGCGAUAUAAGCAGGAGUGGUGUUUGGGGUAGUCACGGGUUCACGCUGUACAGUGCGACUGGCACGCCAUGCAAAUCUUGAAACGCCGACACGAUGGCUUGAAUACUCUGAAGCACACCUGCCGCAGCCACGGCGGGCACGUUCCGUCGUGGUGAAAACAUCGACGGCUUCUUAACUAGUGGCAGCGACUUCAGCGUGGCUUUGGCCAAGAGGGGCAAGUACAUUGGUGGCGCAAAGAUGUAGAGGCGUGUGGACGUGGGGCGGCAAAGGAGCGGGUUCGCGUUCAGUUCUAUAAAGGAACCCAGCACGAUCUCGACCUCGGUUCCUCCAGUCGCAUGAUGAAGGUCGUCCCAUUGGGAGGACUGCACCUUGGGAACGACCUUGAUUUGGUUGGAGAACUUGACCUUUUUGUGUGACAGCGUUACUUCCGAAGGAUACCCGAGCACAGUCCACCACGGCGACAACGUUUCGAUGGUAGUCGAGUGCUCGUGCCGAGGUGAUUUGACCCGGCAGAUGCGAAACGUGAUUGGAUGGUCUCUGGGCAAUGACGUGGCAGGCUGUGGUGUGUCUGUGAGAAACGCGGAUGGUCGACGCACCAUGGCCACCCCAGGCAUGCAUUCCCAAGGCAAGCUCUGCAACGACGGGCUGCAGACGAGCGAGUAGUGCACGACCGCACCACCAACAAUGUGACGAUCUUGGUCGUGUGACGGACGGUCGGUUGCUUCGAGUGUUCCGUCGAGGCCCGAGUGUAUCAACGACAGGCAGCUCGUGAAUUCGCGGCCAAACAUGUGAAAAGCAUCUCGAUGGGGUUGCUUGUGCUGGGUAGUUACACUGGAAGACGAACACGUAAACAAAAGCGGCACCACGGACGCCGAUAGUGGUGACGACAGCGCUUUGGUUUCAUUGAUGCGGAAGCGCCGAAGAAUAGGGGGAUGCGGGACGGAGGACGUUGAUGGGACGGCAGAGACCAACGUGACUUGAUUCUGUUGAAUGAAUUUCCAGUCGCAAAUCCCCGUGGCCAGCCCCACACUGGCCACGAUCAACGCCGGGGCCACCUCCAACACGUACACCACCGUGGACAUGGUGUCCUUGUCAUACCCGACCGACGACAGCCACAGGGACAGCGAGCACCCGCCUCGGAACACGGACAUGUGGUCCCAAAUCUGGCGCAGGAAGCGGCGGCACGUUGCGUCUGUCUUGAGGGCAUCUUGGGGCACUUUGCCGUUGCGUUGCAUGUCUCGGUGGUGCUUUAGCCUGGCAAAGCCGUGAUGAAUGUGCACUUCCACAUUCGUCGCCGUUGGACGUGGAUCGUUUUCGGUGCCUCCAUCCUACCAUAAAACUCCAAAGUCACACCACUAAACACUCGC